AUGGAUGUAGGAGAACUCUUGUCUUAUAAACCUCCAUCAACGACAAAACGUAAUCAUGAAGACGAAGAUGAAGAUGAAGAUGAGUGGGAAAAUAGCAAAAAGAAAAAAAUAAAUAAAACUCCUUAUCAUCCACGACAAAGUUAUACUCGUGAGGUUGAACUGACUCCCGUGAGAAGUCAACCUGAACCUCCUACACCGACGCGUAAUCCAUCACGAGCAGGAGAAUCAAGUGUUAAUGAGAUGGUAGAGCCUGAAUUAACCGAGCAACAAAAAGCUGAAAUUUUAAAACUUGUUGAGACUGAAACCCCAGAAUUUGAAGCGCUUGAUGAAACCAAUCUCAAACGGAUGGUUCUGCUAUUUGAAAAGCGAGCAUUUAGAAAUCAGGAAAUGCGCGUUAAAUUUCCCGAUCAACCGGAAAAAUUCAUGGAAUCGGAAGUUGAAUUACAUGAGACACUUCAAGAACUUCAUAUAGUCUCAACUAACCCAGAUUUGUAUCCAAUGAUGGUCGAACUGAGAGCAAUUCCUUCAUUACUCGAAUUACUGUCUCAUGAAAAUACCGACAUUGCUGUGGGGGUAGUUGAUCUGUUGCAAGAUUUAACGGACGCUGAUGUUUUACAGGAGAGCCAAGAAGGAGCUGAUGCAUUAAUUGAUGCUCUUCUAGACCAACAAGUCUCUGCUUUGCUGGUACAAAACCUCGAUAGACUUGAUGAAACUGUUAAAGAAGAGGGUGACGGCGUGUUCAAUACUUUAGCUAUUUUUGAAAAUCUCUUGGAAUUCAGGCCAGAAUUGUGUGUCGAUGCUGGCAAACAAGGACUGUUGCAAUGGUUGCUUCGCCGUCUUAAAGCCAAACUACCAUUUGAUGUUAAUAAAUUAUAUGCCAGUGAAAUAUUGUCGAUACUGUUGCAAAAUAGCUCUGAAAAUAAAUUAUUAUUAGGUGAUCUCGAUGGAAUCGAUGUUUUGCUACAACAAUUGGCUUACUACAAGCGCCAUGAUCCACAAACAGCUGAAGAACAAGAAAUGAUGGAAAAUUUGUUCAAUGUUUUAUGCUCCAGUUUGAUGGAAACUGUUAAUAGAGACAGAUUUCUACGGGGUGAGGGCUUACAGCUUAUGAAUUUGAUGUUAAGAGAAAAAAAAUUGUCCCGUAAUGGAUCAUUAAAAGUUCUCGAUCACGCUAUGAAUGGUCCAGAUGGUAAAGAUAAUUGUUCUAAAUUCGUUGAUAUUCUUGGCCUCCGUACAAUAUUUCCUCUCUUUAUGAAAACGCCUUCAAAAAAUCGUAAAAAAAUUUUUACUGCCGAGGAACACGAAGAACAUGUUGUUUCUAUAAUUGCAAGUAUGUUAAAAAAUUGUAAAGGUCCACAACGUCAAAGAUUGCUCAGUAAAUUUACAGAAAAUGAUUAUGAAAAAGUUGAUCGUUUGAUGGAACUACAUUUUAAAUAUCUGGAAAAAGUUGAAGAAGUUGAAAGUAACGCUAAGGAAGAUGACGAUGAAGAAGAAUCUUAUUUGAAAAGAUUAGAAAAUGGAUUAUACACAUUACAAUUAGUUGAUUAUAUAUUAUUAGAAGCUUGUGCUGGUUGUCCUCCAGCAGUCAAACAACGUGUCACCCGAAUAUUAUCCCAACGUCGUGCAUCACUUAAAACAAUCAGGCAUAUCAUGAGAGAGUACGCAGGAAAUCUCGGUGAAGCAGGAGAUGCAGAGUGGAGAGAAACAGAACAACAACAUAUUCUACAAUUAAUCGAUAAAUUUUAA